UGUUCAAACUGUAACACGGGCAACACACCUCUAUGGCGAAGAAAUCCUCAAGGUUUACCCCUAUGCAAUGCAUGUGGGUUAUUUUACAAACUACACGGCACUGUGCGGCCACUGAGCCUAAAAACAGACGUGAUAAAGAAACGUAAUCGC